AUGUGUGCAUCCUUCGCUAAGUUUGCAGAACGUUGGAAUCCACUUCCAGAGACUUUGUUGUCAUGGUCGAAGAAUAAUUGUGAUAAAAUCCAACCAAGACCAAGAGAUAUGUCAUGUGAAGAUGUAGUACAGUUUGUCGCUGACUGUAACUUCAGUGGUGGUGGACCUGGACCUGGAACACUUGCGGACACUACAAACAGACAAGUUGCUGAUACUUUCUACCAAAGAACAUAUGAAAACUUCCCCCGAGUUCUUCCAAAAUACAUUUAUUACAAUGAAAACACAGCACGUGACUACGGUCAGUUCGGAAACUGGUAUUAUCCAAACUACUAUCCACCAACCUAUCUUGGAUUCUUCGAUGGGAGACCAGCCAGUAUGGCUCAGUUGGAGAAUGAUUACAAGUUUGCACGUUCUGGACAUUACCCAUACAACAGAGCUGAUAAUAUUGUGAACAUUGGACUUCAACAGACAUAUCUUCCUACAUGUCUUCACGAUCUUUUCUAUUGUGUACGGGCAAGUACUGGACAGCGGCCUCAAGCAUAUUUGAAUUACAAGGAAUACCGUCGGGAUAGAGACAUGGCUGCUGAACAGAUGUCUCAACGAGACCAGGAUAUCAAAACAUUGCGCCGCCAUCGUACGAGAACUCAUGAUGAUGAUGAAUAA